CAGAGAGACUUUUGAAGAACAAAGAUGACUUCUGCAGCUUUAUUUCCAGUGAUCCAGCCUCAAUCUCCAGCCACUCAUAAAAUUAGUUUUGGUAAAAGGGGGAUAAAAAGAAAGAUAAAUUCUUGUUUCACUUAAUAGCUCUGAGAAAUGUCCAGUUAUGCUCUAAGGAUAAACUUCAGUUGUGUGCCCUGGCCUUCUCAGAGAAGCAAAGGCAGAUCCUGACCUGAAUCCUCAGAAUAGGUGUAGAUUUUAUGCUCAGUGAGAUAGGGGUGUGUUUCGUUCUCAGCGUUAUGUUCUGCCUGCAGAAGCCUGGAACCUAGGUGUGGCUGUGUAUUUGCACAUGCCCCAGUUCUUUUCUGUUGAAGAUGUUCCCCUUUAGUAAAUCAGCUUACAAAGAAAAAGGCCAAUCCACUGCAAAACCAGUGGUUUCAGAGGUUCAGUGUCGGAUAUAUUUUUAAAAGUACUGCCCAGAGGGGUCAAUGCAGGAGUGGUCUGUAGGUCAUAUCGCCAAGAAUUUCUUCAGUUUGAUAUAACAAGUAGAUUCUAAAAACUGGGCUGCGUUUAGAAAAUGUUAAUGUCAAAGUUCAUUUGACGUAAAGGUAGGAAGGUAGAGUUAAAAGAGGAACCCCAACUAAAUUUCUUAAGUUUAGUGGGCUUGAAUCACAACCGUAAUGAUCCAGUAAAAGUGCAUUUCGAAAUGAAUUUUAAAAGGUGAUAUUUUAAGUAGUAUCUAAUUAUAACAUUUUUCUGCAAAAUUGUAUAGAUGUUGAUAAAAACAUUCAAAAGAAGAUAACUCCCUUCACAGUAAAAGACGGAAAGCCAGUUCUUUACAGAGAUGCUGAGUCUUGGUCCACUGAAAAGGUCUUCAGUGGAUGUGUCGAGACUUAACCUGCCCCAGGGGACCUAAUUCCACAGGGAAGUUUCUUUUUGAGAACAGCAGAACCUUUCCAACCUAGGAUUCCUUCUUGCAGAAACUACAGAGAAGCCAAAGAAGAGAGCUUGUGUGCACCUGUGGCACAGGACCUGUUGUCAGGAGUGAGCAUAUGGACAGAAUACACAUCCAGACAUAGGAACUGGCAUCAUGCCAGCAUUCUUUGCAGUCAGUGAUUUGCACAAAAUAGAAUGAGAAUUUGCAGCGUAUGUUGUCUCUUAGCAACAAUUGGAAUUUAGGGACCCCUCAGACUGUAGUCUUUUUUGGCUGUUCCUAGGAAUGUAAGGGUUUCCAAGAAAUAAAAAAUGAACAGCAAACAACCUGUUCUUAAAUGAACAAAACAGAAAUUAAGUUCAAAACUACGUUUUGCAUGUCUUGUGAGUUGCUAUAAAUCUUUUUGCUUUUUUUGACCAAGUAAUGUCUUAGCUUAGUUAGUAUGCAAUUUUUUAGGGCAUAAUCUUUUGCUGAUGGAGUGUCCUACUACUUUGUCUCUGAUUUCUUUUAUUCUAUAAUAAACAAUUUGAACAACUUGAACACAAGAAAGCAUUUUAUUUUUAGUUACUUUUUAUACCAUAUGUUUCAAAAGUAAAGUCAUGAACCCUCUUAUUUGUUUCUUUAAUACACACAUAAUAUGUGUGAAUGUUUGUAAUUGUUCUGCCUUUUGGACUUGCUCCAGAAGAAGGGAAGAACCUGUUUAUAUUCAUGAUGGUUAUGCCAUACAAACUAAGGACCAGCUUCAAUCGCCUUGAUAUACUCAGAGUAUCUUAACUUCAUCUAUGUUGUAAUUCUUUUCAGACUAUUAGGAUCAAAAUCUGAAUUAAGCAUAUGUAAUUCCUUGUCUAACUUUACCUACAUGAGUUCUCCCGUUGAAAUAAAUGGAACGCUUUGUGACAGCAAAGAUAAAUACUUGCAUGCAUCUUUGCACUGUGUGGGUAUAGAGGGAUAACUAAGAUCAGUUGUGGUCAAGUUAUAUUCCACGGUAUUAUUUAUUCACUGUUUUUGAUGCCUGGUGCUAUGCAGAAAGAAAAAUGUCUUUCUGAGUUUGCAGUGUAAUGAAUGUACCUAUCAAAAAACCGGUAGAUGCAGGACAAAAAAGCUCAAAAGAAUUUGAAGCUACAUGAAAAGAGCACGCUUUCAUCGAGAAUGAAAACUCAAAACUUUACAAAGCAUGUGAUCUCAGCUUUUGAAAGAAAAACACAGAUUAAAGAAGAAAAGGAUGUAUGUUUUCCUAUUUCCAACUGGGCUGUUGCUUUUGCAAAAUGUUGCCAGAGUGAUAAACAGCCUAUAACAGAAUACAUCAGUGAACAGAAAGAUCUGUUUCUACAGCAGUAUGCAGUAACAGAAAAAAAACAAACUGUAAAGCAUCUGGAAGAGUUAACAGUACAGAAGGAGAAAGAAGCAAGAUCUGCAGAAGAAAAGUUAGAAAAAGAAUUUAUUGCGUUUGAAGAAUUUCUUGGUCGAAAUAGUAUAAGUGCCAUCAAUGCGUUUAGAAAUGCAAGUAAAGAAAAAAAGUCCAAAAUGAAAAUGGCAACAUACGUAAAGUCAGCUGUUAAAGAAAUUUGUACGCUUAGAAGUGAAAUCUCAGAUGCUGAGUUUCUCCUCCAGGAGUCCUUACACUAUGAAGCUUUUUUGAUGGAGCUUUCUCCAAAAGAUUGGCAAGAACAGCAAAAAGCGAAAAGGAUGGAAGCAAGAGCAGAAAAGGAAAAAGAGAACAACCGGAAGGAACUAGUUACAUGUCAUUUCAGUCUACAGGAAGGGAAAGAUGCACAAAACUCCCAACCUCUUCCAUGCUGGGCAAAGCCAACUACAAUAAUGCAAACAUCAAAGCAGAAAGGCAAACCUGUGGCAAUUACAGAGAAGAGUGCAGGAUACAAGAAGAAAAUGCUCACUACCCGUGAGACUGGUCCACAAAAGACAGUUCUGCCCCUUAUUAGAGAUGACUCCAGGUAUUUUAAGCUAGGACUAGAAGAAGGAGCGGAAACAUGGAAUGAAUUCAGAUCAGGAUCGACUGAAAGCAGAGCGUCAUCACCGAGUAGGUGGGAAAAUAGGAUGGACAGUGUAACGUAUGACUUUCCCAUAGAAGAUGUGGACUGUGAUGUGGUGCCAGAGAUAUAUUUCACUGAUCCAAAACAGUUGCUUCAGAUUUUCCAUGAUCUAGAAGAACAAAACCUUGCAUUGAUUCGAACUAUUCAAGAUUUAGGAGAAACAGUGGAUGAAAUUGCAUACACAACCAAUGCUAUAAAGGAAAACUUAGCUGACAAAAUAAGGAUCCUGGCUAGACACAAAGAGGUGCUAGAAGCAGCCUGUAUUAGAGAAGAAGAAAAAAGCACCCAGUUGGCGCUAAAAACUAAGGUGUUUUCUGUUGGAGAGUUUAGUUCAGAAAUCCAGGACAGAAUGCUGGAUUUGCUUAAUGAAAAGAUUGCAGAAGUAUAUAAAUUUAGUGUUGGAACAGAAGCUGCAUCAAAUCUUAGCUCAAUUCAAAUGUUGAAAAGAAUUGAGGAUCGAAUAGAAGAACUGUGUGAAUUAAUGGAAACAAUCCCAAGAGAAGUUAUUGAAAGAGCUGAGAAAAGAAAGAUGAAUGAGAAAAGGAAAAGGUUACGUGAAUUAAAACUGAAACAAGAAAAGGAACUUCAGACAGAACGUCUAAAGUCUUCUCUACAGAGAGCUAUUUCAGAACCAAAGAAAAAGACGGGAAGACGACUGGUAUUUCGUUCACAGCCUCCAGCCGUUAAAGCAAAGAAGGUAGUUAAAGAUGAAGUCCCUGCAAAUACUGAAGAUGACUCAGAGUUUUUCACUUAGAGGUGAAACUUACUUCCUACUGAAAACAGGGUUAACACAGCAUUAUGGCUGUCUUCUUAAUCAACCAGUUGAGAGCAAAAGGAAUCAUUAGGAAAGCACCAGUACUCUGCAGCAGGCACAUCAAGAUGUUUUUAAAAGGUUUGUGCCACUGCUCAUUCUACAGCCUGCAUCAUCACCAUUAGAGAGAGAAAAGGCUGUUCCUGCAAGCUCCUUCACUCUACUCAUCCAUUCAGCUUAGAGCAGCAGAACAAGCCACGUACACAAGACGGGGAGUUCUUUAUCUUCCAUUAUAUGCUAGCCUGCACUGCAUUAUGGCUACCUGACAGCCAAGUACUGAUACUAAAUGGAGCUGAUAAAAGAAUGAGCCAUAUAUUUUCUCCCAGAGUACACAGCUUGGAAGAUUUAAUUCAGCUCUGGGAAUCACUUAAAUUCAAAUGAUCGCCUUAAAAAACAAAACAACCGAAACCCAAAGCUUUUAAGUAUUACCAGUCUCAACGUAUGACAAUACUUUUAAUACUCACUUUUCACUCUGAGUUUCUCAGUUUCAAACUGCAACAAUUUCUUCUUCCUCCAGCAUUAGUUUUUCCAGAUGCCAUUUAGAGAUUACAAGUGAUUUAAGCAUUAGCUUCCUCCAUAUUAAAAUACAGAGAACGAGAAGUAAACACCUUAUUACAAAGUUGUGGAAAAUAAAAAAGAAAAAAGUUUAUUUCCAGAUAUACAAAACA